GUCACCCUUUGAGUGGCACUGGGCAGCUCCAGGCUGGGGACAGAGUAGGGCUGGCAUAGACUGUCACCCCCCUCCCCCUCUGACCCAACAGGGCCCCAGGACUACACUCCUCCGUCCAUCCUGCCGCUGUACACAGCACAGCCCACCCCACAAAGCCCUGCCCAGAGCCCUGCUGCACAGCACUCACCGUCCAGUCAGGCCCUGGGGCCCCGUCUCUGCAUCUCAGGGCACGAUGGCGACUCAGUACUUCACCUACAAGGGUGUCCUCUUCCCCAACCAGGAGUACUCUCCCGAGACCCUAGACUACAUAGAGGACCAGUUCCAGGUGCGGGAUGAUGAUGUCUUCAGCAUCACCUACCCCAGAUCAGGCACCAACUGGAUGCUGGAGAUCCUGAGCCUGAUCCGCUGCGAUGGGGACCCCAGCUGGGCGCGCAGUGUGCUGAACUGGAAUCGGGCCCCCUGCAUCGAGAGCAAACAGGGGCUGGAGGUGGCCCUUAAGUACCCAACGCCACGGCUGCUCAGCUCCCACCUGCCCCUCCAGCUCUUCCCCAGGUCCUUCCAGGGCUCACGGGCCAAGGUCAUCUACACCCUGCGCAACCCCAAGGAUGUGCUGACCUCGCUCUACCACUUCUCCAAGGCCCUGCGCCUCUUCAAGGACCCCGGGCCUGUGGACGCCUUCCUGCAGGACUUCCUCAGUGGCAGCCUCUCCUUUGGCUCCUGGUUCGACCACGUGGCUGGCUGGCUGGGCCUGCAGGGCCAAGAGAACUUCUUCUACAUCACCUAUGAGGAGCUGCAGCAGGACCUCCGGGGCAGUGUGGGGAGGAUCUGCCACUUCCUGGGGAAGGAGCUAAGCGAGCAGCAAACAUCCUCGGUGGUGGAGAACGCCUCCUUCCAGACCAUGCGGGAGAACCAGAUGUCCAAUGGCUCACAGAUCUCCGACACAAUCAUGGAUCACCAGAAGGGGCAGUUUCUUCGGAAAGGAGUCUGCGGGGACUGGAAGAACCUGCUGUCGGAGGAGCAGAGCCAUCGUGUCGAUGCCAUGUACCGGGAGCGGAUGCAGGGGCUGGGCAUCACCUUCCCCUGGGACUGACACCCCCCGACUCCUCUGUUCAGCCCCAUCCCAGGUCUGAGCCUCCACCGCCCUCCCCUGGGGAAAUCACCAGCUGCUGGAGUCUGUGUGAGUGCACAGGGGCCUGGCAGCUCCCCGACAGCCUGCCCCAGAGAGGCAGCUGGUCUGGGUUUGCCUCCCGCCAUCCCCAUCCGGAGCUCUGGGUCCCUCCCCAGCCCCAUUCAGGUCAUCCAUCAGGAACCAGCAGAGUCAGCUGCUGGCAAAGGCAGAUGGAUCCUGUUUGAACGCAUGUGACAUGCACAGCACAGGGCUGUAGGGUGGGACACGGCACUAAGGCAUCGUCAUCUCUGUUCCUGCCGGCGUGGGCAUGACUGCCAGGCUGGAUCUGGGGGGCAGUAGUGCAGUUGCACCCCCUUAGACUCCUGCUUCCCCCAGAUUUUCUAACUGCUGGAAGGGGCAGAGGCGUUGCUGUUCGGGUACUGCCGAGGGAAUAAAUUGAUUUUGUGGCUCA